AUGGCGACGGUAGAAACUGCACAGGCAGUUUCCAUGGAAAGGCCCUCGAGUCAAGGGAGCCCUCGACUCUUCAUGCUGCCUUUCCACGGCACGGCUGAGGAUGCCCAGGCCAGCAGGGCACCACCUGCGGCGGCGGCGGCAUCCACUCAUUCCAAUGAUGACAGCACCUCUUCAAUCGACCAUGUGAUGGAUAAGAAACCAACAGAGACUAUCACAAAGCGACAAAAGGCUAAGCGUCAUUGUGCCAAGUUUAGGUGGUGGUACUUGGCAGGACUGCUCAUAUUCCUCGUAAUCUUUCUCCCAAUUCUCUUUAAAGUCAUAAUUCCCGCCAUCGUGCAAAAAAUAGUCAACAAUCAAAGUCUACCGGUGGAGAGCGGUGUCAUUCGAGCCGUUUCACCAAACGAGCUUUUCGUCGCUCUAAAGACCUCACUCGACACACCGCUACCGGCCACGAUCAACCCCUUUGAAUUAAGCCUCUACAACAAAGACAGCGAUGAUUCUUCCCCCUUCGUCCAAAUCCAGCUACCUAAGGCAAAGGUUCAUCACAACACCACUAUUACGGUUGAAGAGCAGACAGUGAAAGUUUUGAACGAAAAUCAGCUAGUUUGGUGGUUUAGCAAUAUCUUCGAUCAAGUAGAGACGGAACUCUCCCUUUCUGGUAAACCCAAAGUCAGCCUUGGAGCCCUGAAAUAUGAGCCCAAUAUGGAUCUCACGGUGGAGGUGCCCGCGUUAAAUCGCCUUCACGGUUUUACGGUUGAGAAGCUAGAAUUCACUGGGGGCCAGGACGGCAGUAGCAACAAUAUCAAAGGGAAGCUCAACCUCCCAAAUGCGGGAGUUCUCACACUUGGUCUAGGAAAUCUCACCCUAAACAUCAUCUCCGGAGACAUCGAUCUUGGUGUCGUUAAUGUUUACAACGUGGAGCUCAAACCCGGGAAUAAUACAAGCGAUUUCGAUGGUGAGAUCUACCUCGACCAGCUCAUUCCCAACCUAGGCGCCCUACUAGAUAGCCAGAAAGAUGCCCUCACUGUUGGGGCUAUCGAUCUCACCGUCACUGGAAACUCAACAAUUGUCAAUGGCCAACACAUCAAAUAUGUGGAAUCAGUUCUAAACAAGAAGACUAUUAGCACAAGGAUUCCCAUCCUGACACUAGCCGGGGAUAUUCUCAGUGGGGUCCUCAGCAGCGACUCCCAGUCUUCACUUGUUAAUGUCAUCGGCAAUGUGUUCGGUAACUCGUCGUUACUUGAGAGCACGUGGAGUCACUGGAAUAAAGGUCAGACUGGAGAUAGCUCAGAGUCUCAGUCAACUAAAACGAAGAGGGAUGCUCCCCGCUUCUCCCUAGUGAAGAACCUGGUGCGAAUGAGUGUCAGAGCAAGCUUGAAGGCAAGCAUCAAGUAA